AUGGUACACAUGAUUUACAUUCCUAUAAUUAACUCAUUUUAUAUUGUGGUAAGUUACCAGUCGAACCUCUUUUUACAGCAAACAUAAAACAAAGAGAUAUUUUAUAAAUAUUUAUAUAUAUAUAGUCAUGCAUGAUAAUCUGUUGCUCGGUGGUUUGAUGAAAAAGUCGAGGAAAUUAAUAAAUUAAGUGUAAUUAUAAUAGUUUUAUAGAAACGCUCCCAUGCUUUUGGCAAAUGUUACAUAAGUGGAUGUUCAAAGUAUAAAUCGUAUCUGUUCAUGCGUAUUGUCUAUUAUAAGAUUAAUGUUUACUUUUCAAGUUAAAAUUAACCGAAGGUCUGGAAAUGAUAAACGAUGUUAGCAUACAUUAG